AUGAGCGGUCUUUUUGAAUUUCUUGGUGAUCUACUUGGGAUCUCUGAUGGUGGUCUAGGAGAUGAAGAAUACACCUUUGAUACAGAAGAUCCGACUGACCUAGGAGACGGGAGCAGCCUUACUGGAGAUAAUGUUGAAGCAGACACAAUGGAUUCAGGAAAUGCAGGAAGAACGGACCAUAUAUACUUCGCCGGUGACAGCGACGGCCCUUCGAGUGAUACCAACAGCUCUUCGAGUGAGACCAACAGCUCUUCAAGUAAUACCAACAGCUCUUCGAGUGAGACCAACAGCUCUUCAAGUGAUACCAACAGCUCUUCAAGUGAUACCAACAGCUCUUCAAGUGAUACCAACAGCUCUUCAAGUAAUACCAACAGCACUUCGAGUGAUACCAACAGCUCUUCAAGUAAUACCAAUGGCACGUCGAGUGAUACCAACCGCUCUUCUACAUCAACCGGUGGAGAAGGAAUAUACCAACAAGGGAUCGACCGAGAGGGAAAUCGAGUUGCUCAGAGCGGCACAGGUCUACCAUUUUACCCCAAGACCGGAGCACCAGUUAACCCCAACAGCGUCACAUGGCCUAACCCUGUAACAGGAACUAUUGGGUCUAGUGAUACUGUAACCCCAAGCUCCUGA